AUGAAUGGUGGGAUGCCACAUUCGAGGGGUUUGCAUCAGUUUGAUAUUGAAACAGGAAAAAUUGUGAGUGAGUGGAAAUUGGAGAAAGAUGGAACUGAUAUUACAAUGAGGGAUAUUAGGAAUGAAAGUAAAGGAGCUCAGAUGGAUCCCUCAGUGUCUACUUUCUUGGGGCUGGAUGAUAAUAGGUUGUGUAGGUGGGGCUGGAUGAUAAUAGGAGUGAUCAGCUUCAUAGGCAAGAGAGGUCACUGCAUCUUCCCUCUGCUGAGGAAGAACCUCAUUGAGGAGCUUCGUAACGCUACACAGGGAGAGUUGUAUGAACUGGAUGAAGCCAUUUUUCAUUGCAUCAUCAAGAAAUUACAUGUUACUUCGCCAUACGGUAACAACCUUCAUCACCAAGAAAAUGUCACCCAUGGUCAAUUCGCCUUUACGACAACUUUGUCUGGCAACUACUUGGCAUGCUUCUGGAAAGAUAACAGUCAUAACGGAGGUGGGAAUAUGAGCAUUGGUCUUGACUGGAAAACUAGAAUCGCCGCGAAGGAUUGGGAUUCAGUAGCAAAGAAAGAAAAAAAUGAAAAGCUUGAAGGAGCUGUGGAAGCAAUCCACGAAAACUUCAUCUAUCUCAAAGACAGGGAGGAUGAAGAUAAUUGGCAUCUCGAGAUUCUAUUUGCAGAACCUCCAUCGAUGGAGUAUGUUGGGCAUGCCGUGACGAUUGAAAAUGGAAUACGAGAUAUGGGGCUGACAGUUCGUACAACUGUCAGCAGGGAUGUAGAAAUCGUGCAAGUGUUGUGGGCCCCGGAGGUAAUGGCUAUGGAUAAAGAUGACAUCAAUAUGGAGUUGAUGGAUUUAGAAGAGAUGAUGUUAAUGGAGGGGUUAGGAACUUCUUAUUUUUGGCAUAGGAAGUGA